CCAGCGGCCCCCCGAUUGCGAGAUUGCGCUGCAAACCCUCGAGAUAACGUCAUUGAACUCGCUCCGUCCACGACGAUAAGUCAACAUGUCUUCGAGGAAGAAGGUCCUCCUCAAGGUCAUUAUCCUUGGGGAUAGCGGUGUUGGCAAGACCAGUCUGAUGAACCAAUAUGUCAACAAGAAGUUCAGUGCUAGCUACAAGGCUACUAUCGGCGCCGAUUUCCUAACGCGAGAGGUCCUGGUCGAUGGUCGACAAGUCACCAUGCAGCUCUGGGAUACUGCCGGUCAAGAACGAUUCCAGUCUCUGGGCGUGGCAUUCUACCGAGGUGCCGACUGCUGUGUUCUAGUAUACGAUGUCAACAACGCCAAGAGCUUCGAGGCGCUGGACAGCUGGCGAGACGAGUUCCUGAUCCAGGCGUCGCCCCGGGAUCCGCUCAACUUCCCCUUCGUUGUUCUGGGUAACAAGAUCGAUGUUGAGGAGAGCAAGCGAGUGAUUUCGAACAAGCGUGCCAUGACUUUCUGCCAGUCCAAGGGUGAUAUCCCUUACUUCGAGACGAGUGCCAAGGAGGCUAUCAACAUCGACCAGGCAUUUGAGGUCAUUGCCCGAAACGCUCUGGCCCAGGAGGAGUCUGAGGAGUUCAGCGGCGACUUUGACGAUCCGAUUAACAUUGACAUCGAGCACGACCGCGACGGAUGCGCCUGCUAGAGGACUACCUAGACGAGGGGAAGAGACUGGCGAUUGCCGACUAGGAUUGAUGAAGGCACG